AUGCUCCAAAGCGGCCGUGACCUCUCCAUCAACGACCAAUCCUGGCCAGAAUCAGAUAAACAAAAACUUCGCAAUCUCGAUUUCCCCGCCUGGCUUCAACGACACAAUCGCCCAUGCGUUUCCUUGCUUCUGAAAGACUCACUCGCACACCCCUUCGAGACCCACGGUGAGGCUACAAUUGUGGGCGUAGGUUACCGUUUCGGCGGCAAACACGUGCUACGUCUCGCCAAAGAUCCAUCCUUAAAAGCCGCCGCUGUAUUUUACCCCGACUUCGUCGAGGCAGACGACAUGGACGAACCCCAGCGCCGCUUACUAAUAUGGCUGGCCUCGACAUGCACCUUGGUCGAUUACGGACCUCCCUCCAUCCAUGCCUUUGACGAGCUUUCCACUCUCGACACAUCGACAAGAUACCUCGUAAAAGGAUCUGUCACCAUGGCCAAACCGGUGUGGAAGGGAAACCAUCCCGUCCAGCAAAUCAACCCUCAACGACCCCUCUACCGAUUCGCCGCAACUGGCCUGGGGGCAGCUAUGUGGUUCUUCUUGAUGUACAGAGCGAAGAAAGAUGGCCCCGCGCUCAUCGGAUUAAAACACCCCUGGGACCACUGA